AUGGAGCCCCCAGCGCCUCCCCAGCAGCAGCAGCAGCAGCAGCAGCACGCCGUGUACCUGGUAAAAUCCAGGGUCGGCCUGCCAGACCCCGACAUGCCGGGGCCACGGUACCACCACGUCAUCUUCGUCGAGACCAACGUGCAAGACCGCUCGGGCGUCAAGUUCCACGUCGUCGGCGACAUCACGAGCAGCGGCGGCAUGACGUACGAGUCCAGGGCGGCGGCGGCGCCCGAGCGGGCCCGCUGGGACGCGCUGCUGCGGGGCCUGCCGACGCCGCCGAGGCAGAAGGCGUUCAACGCGGCGACGGGCCGGGCGGAGCUGGUCAAGGCGUGGGUGCCGGGGGUGGUGUUUUACGAGCCCGGGGAGGCGCGCCACGUGCCGUGGAAGUGCACCGAGUGGACGAAUGAGCAUGCGCUCCCGGCGCUGUGGGCGGCUGGGUUCAUUGUCGGGGGCGAGGUGCUGGCUGGCUCGGCCGCCGCCAGCUCACCAGUGUAGAUCUACGAGCACUUGUGGGCGGGAAGACCUGGGGGCGGGAAGAUACCUAAUGUACCAGCUGGAAGAAUGCUUAUUAUCCGAGGCAGAAAGUCUGAAUAAGCGCCUUGCCAGGACCUCUGGGUAGGCGUAAACAGUGAGAAUGAAAUGCUAGAAUAUGGGUGCUGGGA